UUAUAUACUAUUUUAAAUUUCCGCGAAUGUCUGGGUCAAAGUGAUGAAAAUCCAGUUGUAACUAUUGAAAGUGGACAAAUCAGGGGUAAAAAGGCCUACAGUGUGGACGAAAAUGCGGAAUAUUACGCAUUUCAAGGGAUUCCUUACGCUGAACCACCCCUAGGAAAUUUGCGAUUUAGUGCCCCAGUGAAAGUUUCAAACUGGACGGAUAUACUUAAUACGACGAAUGACAGGAGCAGCUGUGUACAAGGUAGCUAUCCAGUUGAAGGACAGGAGGAUUGUUUGUUUAUUAAUGUCUACACUCCUAGCUUAAAUGGGACAAGCCGAAGCGUUAUGGUUUGGAUAUAUGGGGGCACUUUUAUAAAUGGCAAUUCAACAUACGAAAACACUGGCCCAGACUAUCUGUUAGAUCAAGGUGUUGUUUUUGUGUCAUUCAACUACCGAACUGGAAUUUUUGGAUUCCUUAGUACCGAAGACACGAUAAUUCCGGGCAACUGGGGUUUGAAAGAUCAGGUGCUAGCCCUUGAAUGGGUUCAGAAUAAUAUUCAAAACUUCGGGGGAAAUUCCAGUGACGUUACUAUUUUCGGGGAGAGUGCUGGUGCAGCUAGUAUUUCUUAUCUGCUUCUGAGUAAUAGGACAACUGGUCUUUACAACAAGGCAAUACUGCAAAGUGGUUCAUCUCUAUGUCUUUGGUCACUAAACAGAAGAGCCAAAAGGAUAGCGUUCCAAAUUGGAUCAUCUCUGGGUAUUGCGACAGAUAAUUCUUCUGUCCUGUUAGAAGGACUGAGAGAAGUUGAUUAUGAAACAUUGCAAAGCAGCGCUACAAUAGAAUCAACACUGAUUACAUUAGAGAAUCCCCUUGAAGGACUUUUCUUCAGCCCAGUAAUUGAACCAGAACAUGACGGUGCCAUCGUGGUGGGUAUGAGUGACGAGCUACUGCAACAGGGGGCGUUCAAUAAAGUACCAGUUCUUCUAGGGUUAAAUUCAAACGAAGCAGCUGCAGUAGGCGUCAUACCUGAUAUUUUGCGUUUGUAUUUGCUAAUAUAUGACGUAGAAGUGGAAAACUUGGCACCUUAUGAUCUUACCAAUUCCUCCUCAAGCAGGUUAUUAGCAGCAGUUCGUGUUAAGGUUCACUAUUUUGGACUUGAGUCGGUUUCUUCGGGUUCCGUUGGUAUCAUCGAGUUCAUCAGUGAUGACCAAUUCAACAGACCUAUAAGGCGAAUGGUGCAGAGCUUGGCGCAGUAUGUGACCGUCUUUUUCUACCAGUUUUCUUAUGAAGGAAGUUUAUUUGGUGUCACCAACAGGAACUUUACAGGUAUAUUUGCUUAUUUCUUUGUUUUCCUUUCUACUGUUUAUUAA